CAAAAUCUGAAAUCCAAAAAUGUCGCGAGUGAAGGAUAAGGAAAUGCUGCAACACAUCAUUAAAUAUAUCGAUGUGCUAGAAUACCCAGGCAUGGAGACCCUAGAGCCAAGCUGGGUGCAAUCGGUACUCCUCACGGCAGGAGGACCGAGACAAAAUCUCCUAAAGUGGGUUCUAGAGCAGUUCUCUCCGGCAGAGGCUGUAGAAGUGCGGGCGCUGCCCCAGACGCUGCAGAUGCAAAGAAUACUUCAGUCAUUGUCGGCUUUGGGAGUUUGUCGUCACGGAGAUACAGAAGUAAUUGAGGGCAAUGCACCACCAGCAGCCCAGUACAAGUUUUGGCUGGGAUGCCUUGAGAGCAUUUACAACCUUCGCCGAUUCCCGCCCCUCCCUGCACACCAGCACUCUGAGUCUUAUGCUGCCGAUAGUUGUAUGGACCAGAUGUCCCAUUCGCCACAUUUGGAGUUGAUACUCAAGGAAGGUGGGGUGAAUGUAGUCCCAGGCGAUCAGAGGGAAAAAUACCGUGCUUGGUGUAAAUAUGGCCAGCGCACUCCCAUUUCGGAGUUGCUGAGACAGACAGAAGUGAAACUCAAAGAGUGCCAGAAAAUGUACGAGGCCAUGGACAAUAGAUGGAAGGCUGAGUCGAUCUUGAAUCCAAAAGAACUUCAGACCAAUAUGUGCAGCAGCAUAGCAGAUAUGAGCAAACAGCAAGAACUACUCCAAGGUGCCUACAGCUCAUAUAUUACUCCCUGGAUAACUUCUACACAGCAACUGGAACUGCCCAACACUGGUCCACUCAUCCAUGAAGCCAAUACAAAACUGGCGACGCUAACCAAGGUCUUAAAGGCGAUACAGGAUGCGUCCAAUAUGUGCGAGGAGCUAGCAGAGAGAGAAAAGGCAAUCAUGCGACACGCCAUGCAACCAUCUUCUGUGACCUCAACCCUGCAUACCCUUGUCAGCCAGUCCAACACCAGCGUCAAUGUAGUCAGAUAAUUUCGCUACCAGAUGUCAGUGCUUUUUAAUGUCCUCUAGACCUCAGAAGAUGCUGUUGAAUAUUUUUCUAUAUUAGUGUUUUUGUGGUUACAUCUGAAAGCAUUGAAUAUAAUUUUUAUUCUCUUUCUUCUUCCCCUGCAUCUUUGCAUUUCUUCUCCUUCCUGCUCUUCAUGGUUUCUUUUUCUUCCUCGUUUCUCCAUCCCUCUCCCUCUUCCUCUCCU